GAAACCACUAAGAACCGAGAAGAGAUCAAUCGUCUUCGGAAAGAGGUUGACGAGGAAGCCAAGAAUCGAGAAGAGAUUAGUCGUCUUCAGAAAGGGGUUGAUGAGGAAGCUGUCAAGAGUAGAGAAGAUAUUAGUCGCCUUCAGAAAGAAGUUGAAAAAUUCAAAUCAUCUGCAGCAGAAGAGGAAGAAAAGCGUGUCAAGGCUAUGAGCCUGUUGAAAGCAGUAAGGCAAAAGCUGAUCAAAGCAGAGAAGGACAGGGACGACGCUUUUAAGGAGCUGAAUGGUGCAAAAGAGAGGGAGAGAAAGCAGAAAGAACAGGACGAUGCUGAAAGGGCUAAACUACAAAGCGAAGUAAACUCGGCCAAAGCAGAGCGAGAGAGUGCAGUUGCUGCUUUGAGAGCACAAUUCGACAAGGAACUCGCUGAUACCAAGAUUCGGUUAGAGAGGGACUUGUCGAAUGUGAAAGAGCAGUUAAGUCUUGAUAUGACUAGCAUGAAGGAAUCACAUUUCAAAGAACUGGCAUUCAAAAACUCGCGACUAUCGUCUCUUGAAGCGUCCGUUAAUAGUCUUUCAGCCGAGAAAAACUCAUUAUUCGACCAGUUGAUGAUAAGACAAGCAGAACUUGAGUCGUCACAAUGUCAUUCCGAGACGCUACAGAGCCAGAAUACUGAACUCGAGUUUCAACUACGGGAGUGCCGGAAUAACAUAUCCCUGUUAAACGAAGAAAUCCUGGAUGUACGCGGAGAUCAGUCUAUAAGGAGCCAGACGUCGCUGACUUCGAGUGAAGAGCUCGUACAGUCUCUCGCAGCGGCUGAGGCGAAAUAUGAGGCGAAGAUCAGUCAUUUAAGGAAAAGUCUAGAGGCAGUCGAAAAGGAGCGGAACGAGAAUGAAGCAGAAUGGAGCCGGAAGCUACGGGAGAAGAUACAAGAGGCAGAAGAGUUCGAUAGGAUGCUUCAAUCUUCUGCAGGCGCGAGGGAAAAGGAGAUUGAGGCGGUGGAAGAGGUGAAAGCUGAGGUGACGAGACUGAAUAUCGAGCUAAAGUCUCAACAAGAGCAGUGCUCUGUUCUUCGACAGCAAAUGGAACAUCUUAAAAACACUGAGGCCUUGGCAAGUCAACGUACUAGAGACGUCGAAGCCCAAAGAGGAUCUUUAGAGAAACUGCUCGAUGAAAGUAAGGCUCGUGAAAACCACAUGCUUAGCCAGAAUAAGACUUUGCGUGAAGAAUUGCACAAGAUACAAACGUCGCUCUCCCUUCUUGAACGGAGGCGUAGUCCAGGCGUUGGCUAUUGGUCCCCUCGACAAGGGAAGACUCCUGUCGACAGUCGCACGUCGACUUCAUCGUUAUCGGAUCCGACCGAUAGAGUUGCAUCACCAGAUCAAACUUCAUCACCCAAACAAACGAAGAGUGAUGAAGAGGUAAAUUUCGAAUACCUAAGAAAUGUUAUAAUGCAAUUCUUGGAGCACAAGGAAAUGAGACCCAAUCUCGUUCGAGUGCUGUCGGUUAUAUUGCAUUUUACGCCUCAGGAGACUCGAAGAAUUGUCGCGAAAGUUUGAUUAUGGACAUCGGGAGCUCCGCCAGCCCUUCGAUAGCUUACCUUUAUUGAUGAACUGGCAUGAUUGUUCUUAUGUCUGGGCGUUCUGGCAUCUUACCUAUCAGCUCAGGAGCACAACGGUAGUAUAGCGUCCAGCGGGAAUCAGGUCUGGAGGCUGCAUCUUGAUAUGUCACAGGGUAGUCGCACUGAGGGACAGCUCAUUCUGUUUACCAGACGUAUAUCUCACAACAAUUUCAGCUAAUUUACCAAUAUGAAAUUGGCGGGCAAUUCUCGGCUCACUAUUUUAUCAGCCUCGGGGAUUCACAGACUUCAGCUUGC